AUGGCGUCUUCCCUAACGGUCUCCGACAAUCCGGUUACGUUACCCCAACUCGCUGACUUCUUGCAGGCGCAAGUGUUUAUUGCGACAGAUGACCUUUCGCCCGGUCUCACUGGUGGCGGAUCUCCUGCGGCACUCUAUGUUGCGCAGGGCAGUAAUCAGUCAGGGGGUGGCGCUGGAGGACGUCGCGGUAACUCCGGUGGUGGACGCGGCAAUCGUGGCAGUCGGGGCGGCCAGUGGCGUGGUGGACGUGGAGGACGUGGUGGUGGCGGACAGCCAGCGCCCCAGGAAAAUCUGAUAGUGGCUGGUGAUGAUGUGGCGUCGUCCACUGGUUCGUGGUUCCCGGACACCGGGGCUUCCGCACACGCCACACCGGAUGCGUCAAUGCUAUCGCAAUCGUCGGAGUACAAUGGCGGGGAUGUGCUACGAGUCGGUAAUGGCACAGGAUUCGAUCACACAGGCAAUUCUGCUUAA